AUGAAACAAGUGGUACUAACGACUGUCUUAGGUCUUCCGGGAAGUGGAAAAAGUACAUUGUGUGAACGUCUGCAUCAGUUAGAAACAAAUGAUUGUUCAGUUAUGUGGCUAGAAUAUGAUCAACUUGUUCCAGUACAAAUACUCUCUCUGGAAGCAAAUAAUUCUGAUUGGAAGGACUGGCGUCAAGCUGUUGUUGGUUGUUUAGAGAAACUGUUAGCUUUAUGGAAGGGGUUCGACAUUAUACACGAUUUGAAUGAAAAGGAAAAAGUUAUUUGGUUGAGGAUAAACACAUACUCUACUCUAGAUGCGAAGGACAUCAUAGUUUUAUUAGACGACAAUUUCUACUACUUUAGUAUGCGUCGUUCAUUCUACAAUUUAGCAAAAAAGUAUUCAUGUAGUUAUGCGUCAAUAGUUUGUAAAUGUGCGAUAGAUACUUGCAUUCUUAGAAAUCGCGCUAGGCCAAGUCCAGUUCCAGAUGAUACUAUCCAUAAGAUGGAUAGAAAAUUCGAAUGGCCCGAUCCAGUCAACAAUUUAUGGGAGAAGCAUACAAUCACAAUCAGUUCACUUCAAGAGAAUGUACACAAUCUAGUCAGUUUGCUUCGUUUCUUAAAACUGUUGUUGAACCAACCGAUUAUAAGUGAAGAUUCUGUAAAAGAUGAGGAGAAAAACAGAAGCAAGCGUAUUAAUCUAGACAGUUUACUCCAUAAUGUGGAUAUUCAUUUGAGAAAGGUCACAAAUCACACAAUUAAAUCUAAAGAUUGUUUGUGGAGAACUCAGUAUGCAAAAAUGGCAUCGGAUAUUAAAGCACAGUGUUUACAAGAACUGCACAAGACCAUAUCCGGAGGAAAUAGUAUUUGGACAGUUGAAAACUGUCAAAAGUUUGCAGAAGAACUGUUCUAUGAGAAACUUGAUGAGGUUUUUAAUAAGAAAGUAACGGCUGGUUAA